GAACAUUAUAUAUAGAGAGGCUCAAGUGGCAUGAUGAUAACCAUGUGAACAAGAUUCCGAGAAGCUGUGCUUGAAACUUCAUUGUUCACCCCAUUCAUCUCAUUCGCUCUAUUACUCUCACUCUCUUUUACAGUGACAAGCGAGCCAUCAAUACAUCAACACAUCAUCAAAUCAACAGACCCACCUCAAACCUCCCAAAACCCUCUCAAUUCAAAAAUUCAUAUACACUCACCACCAUCAAACUCAAUCCCUCACCCAAGUUCCAACAUGUCCCAACAAUACACCCUCUACCCCCUACUCCCCCACGACACACCAGCACUCUACCCCAUCUACAGCGCCGCCUUCUCACCAACCCCCUUCUACACCCUCGUCUUCCCCCCUUCCAUCCCCGCUUCCACAAUGUAUAGCUGGUACACAAGACGCAUCUCACUUCAGCUCCAGAAACCCCAAGUUCGAGGUUUCAAGAUCGUAACCGCAGAGAAUGAAAUAGUAGCUUUCGCGCGGUGGAACUUUCCUUAUGUCCCUGACACAAGAGAGAAAGAGGGAGAGGUAGAGGGAGAGGGAGAUGAAGCACAGAAGGAGGAAAAGAAGGAGAAGGAGGAGACGGAGGAUGAUUGGCCACCCGGCACGAAUCUCACAUUGACGACUGCGAAAUUUGGGGGUUUGGAUGGGAUGAGAGAGGAAUGGGUUGAUCCGACAAGGGAUUAUGGUAUAUUAUCCUUUUUUACACAUCCUUUGCCCCCAAUAAAAUGAACCCAAGAUUCCAAAGCUAAAUCUCCCUCUCCAAAAAAAAAAGUCUGCGCCCUCCUAGCAGUACACCCCACGCACCAAAGAAAAAGCCUCGGAAAAAGACUCCUGCAACACGUCCUCAAUCUGGCGGAUGCGGAGGGAAGAAGAGUGUACAUCGAAGCUACCGAUGCUGGGUAUCCCGUGAGUCUGUUUUUGUUUUUUUAGUUGUCUUAUGUUGAGAAUUUGAGUUGGCGGGCUUCGAGCUGCUGUGGAUUAAAGAGAGAAAUGUAAGUUGACGUAUGACAGUUAUACAAGAAAUUGGGAUUCGAACAGGUGGAUGUACUUCCUAUAGAUAUGAGAAAAUGGGGCGUGGAGGGGUUGGGGUCAAACAUAAUUAUGAUCAGAGAACCUGUGCUGAAAUCAUAAGACGCGCGAGGUUGAAAAUUUGAGUUACCGAGAAAAUGAAAUUGGUAGGAAACUCAUCAAUGGUUGCA